ACUUUCCGGAAAGACUGUAUAACUCGGAGAAUUAGAAAAUACAGUGAAGAUGGAAUGAGUCUCUGUAAUAAUUUAUGAAUAGAGUAAGGAAGAGAUACAUGGCAAAAAAGAAACUGACCUUUAAAAAUAAUGUUGUCAACCAAUUGUAUCCAGUGAAUUAUAUUAAUGACUGUUGCCAAGCUAAAUCGUAUUGCAAAAAGUGAUCCUCUCUACGUUGGUAACUACACUGUUAAACAAAAGACACAAGGUGGCUCUUACGUCUUACUUGAUAUUACUGGAGCUCUCCUACCAAGAGAUGCACCUCUAUCGCAUAUAAAGGUUAUUUUUCAGGAAAUACCCUUCAACUAAAAUAGACCAACUUGAAUCGUUGGAAGUUGAAACAGUUCUACACUGCAAAGGUACACAGGGUAACUACCUAUAUAGAGCUCGUUGGAAAAGGCACAAUGAAGAAGAUGAAACUUGGAAACCAACUAGUCAUUUCCAUGACUACACUCUUAUUCGCAAAU